AGUAGCUUUCAGUGCGAUUCCUGCGGCCGUCGGGGUUCCGCGUGUGUGCAAUCGUUCCGUUCGAAGUUGGGGUGAAUUAACCGCGGCAUGUAAUUCUGCAUUGUAUCUACCAGCGCUUUAUCCCCGUUCUACGGAGAUGUGAAUAAGCAAGUUCUACCUCUAAGCAAACAUACCCAAGGAUUAUUUUCCUCGUUCUUCCACCUGUUAGUCGUGUAGUGCAGGCGCGACUUAUAUACACCGUUGUAUUGUGAGUGAUUGCAUUUUCUCGUUUCGCCUUAAGGCAACUAGUGCACCGACCGAAUAUAAUCCCGAUUCCAAGAGCCGUUUUGCGCUGAGGUACGGGGACUGUAGUAUUCAUGAUUAUUGGUGCCUGUGCAUUCUCUAUUCGACAAGUGGCACUAACACGAAUAUCCUCCUCUUAUCCGGGUAAUAAUAAUACUUAUAUGUGUGUGGUGCCGCCACAGCAGUGCUCGGUGAACAUAACAGGAUAUACCGCCGGUCAUUCGGCCAAGAAACGACCGAAUAAUUAAUCGCUGGCGUCGAGACGAAGAGUACCGAAGGUAUCAGCUCGGGACGAUGAAGCAUCGGUAAAACGAUCUGUCGUUAAAGAAAUGGAUGGAACCCGGCGUUGAAUCGAUCCGAUAAAAAUCCCUAGAAAGCUGUCCUAACCGAACGUCGUGCUAGGAGGGUGUGUCGGAGGAAGAGCGGCCGAGAAGUAAGGCUACGGCGUUGCCUUGGCGACCGAUGUCCAGGGGCGCGCGAUGGCCGGGGAGCUAGCCGUGAGCGUGAUCGCGGUCGACGGCACCGAGGCUUGUCAGCAGCAUCAGCAGCAUCAGGCAACGGCGCCUCCUCGCGCAGGGCCGACACAAAACGGCUGCAACAGGUCGUUCAUCUCGACGGAGGCGCAGACGGACGCGGCCGGUUCUCAAGGGCCGAACGCGUCCGGCAAUCGGGCGGAAAUCGACCGGGCUGAGAACAACGAGGACGAUGAGACGAGGGAUGCGCGAAGGCGCGAACGCCGGAUGCGCCGGCAGCACAGACGCGCCCUCAGGACCUGCUCCGUGCCCCCGAACUACGCCGGUGGGCCCUGCGCCGCUGGGGCCCCUGGGGUCCCCCUCGUUCCGUCCGUGGGGGGGUUUCUUCACCCUCCGCCGCCCCACCUCGGCCUCCGAGGACUCAGCGGUCUCGGCGGCCUCAGUUUGGGACUGCCGUUUCCUGUGCCAACCAGCGUUUCUGCCUUCGGGAGGGACUCGGUGCCGAAGCAAUGCUGCGGACUUGGUUCUCCGCCGGUACGUUGGUCCAUUCUAGGAGUGGGAGUGGUGGGCCUUGUUUGUGCAGGCGCAGGGGCCUUACUUGGGGCCUUACGGGCCACCGGUCGCGACCACAUUGCCGUCGCCCUACUCAUGAUCGGUAUCGGUGUGGUACUGGUGACUGUGAGCGCGGUGGCAUGGCGAGUUACCAGCAGGGAACACUGUGGAAGUUUCUUUGGGUUCACGGGUAUCUCGGGAAGAAUUCCACCGGCUAGACCCAUGCAUCCUUACGCCGCCAUGAUAUACCCGGAAUUUCAGUUUAGGCCACCGCCUCCGAGUUAUCAGGCCAGCAUGCAGGAGUAUCGACUUCGACUGCUUCUCCUGGAUCGUUUACAGCCGACUUCGUCGCCGCCGCCGACUUAUAGGUCGAAUGCGGGUAGCGUCGCGGCCCUGGGAGGAACGACACGUGAGAGCAGACCGCCCAGCUACUGUGGCCGACCGAAUCCGACGCCGACCGCUACUCUCCAGGUGCCAUCUAAAAAGGACGCGAAUCUUGUCAGGAUCGUCCAGACCGAAUCUGAGCCCGUCAUUCUCAGUGGGGACCAAACGCCUCCCGUUACCGCCGUCGAAGUGCUGGCUCAUCUUUAACACCUGGUUCUUGCCUAAGAUAUCGAUUGUACAUACGUAUAUACAUACAUAUAUAUGUAUAAACUUUAUACGGUGAACGUUUUGACCCCGCGCGUAUGUGUUACAGGCUUUCCUGCACUGACGUAAAAUCAGUCCAAGACUCAUGAAAUUUGCUGUUCGAGGUAAAAUUUUACCACACCGAGAUAUUAUUUCUAGUUUUCUUUGGUAUAAACUUCUUGGCUAUUUUCAUUUCAUCGCGUAAUUGAAAAAUGUAGUUUUUGGUACAAAGUGAAAAUGAGUUUUGUAGUUUUUACUAGAUAUUUUAGUAUGUAUCGUUAUUCGUUUUGAUUUUGGUCACGCAUCAUAUGUAUAUACAUAAUUUUUUUACAUUUAAUGCGAUAAUUUGAUGUUUGUGCAAUGAUAGAUUCAUGUUAAGGCCUUAUUCAAUUAAAAAAAAUGUUACCUAAACAAACAAAUUGAAUUGUCCAACUUAUGAUGAGGAAAUACGCUGUCGACAACCGUAAUUGUACUAAAUAAUUACUUGUGCCACAUUUUUUGAAACGUUAUUGUAACGAUACACAAUUGAUUAGAAUUUUCAAGUAACCAUAACGAUGAAAGUUUUCUUAGUGCAUGCUCGACAUUCCUUACCCUUUAUUUACGAUCAAGAACUCUUUCAACGAUUUUUCUUAACACAUGAACUGUGAAAAUAAUUUUUUUUCUCUACUAUUGCCAUUAUAAGAUAACACUAUUGAAUUUGUUGGAUAAUUUUUUCCUUGAUCAGCAAACAUAUAUUUAACAAGGUGAUAUACGGGAAGAAUUCUGCAAGUUUUUAACAAAGUCGACGGUUUAUAUUGAAUUUUAGUUUUUACGAAUCGUAGGCAAAUCGUCGAUAAUGAAUAACAAUUGGCGACCUUGCAAUAUUAGUAAAACUUGACCUUCAAAUUUUCCCAUAUAUUUUCCAAUUCGUGUGAAAUUUUUCUUUGUAAAGUAGCCGAGGAAACAGUUGAAUUAUGGUCUGAAAGAAGGCAAAGCAGGGAUUUUAUUUUCAUCUUUCACAGUCACUCCCACGAUCCGUCUAAAUAACUUUGAAUUUUCAUACAAUCACAAUUUUGCAAUCAUAUCUGUGAUUAAAUAAUUUUGUUUUUCCUUGUUGUGAUUAGAUUACUUGAUCGAAGUUUUGAAACUAUCUAAAAAGCGGAGAUUCAGUAUCUACUGCACCAGUGCAAAGAUUCGUCCCUGUAUGAAGCGUUCGUAUCUAGAUGUCAGUCUAUUCUUCUAACAGCGGAGAACCAAUAUUUUUGUCUUUGAUAUAUACACAUGUAUAAAUAUAUAGCAGCAUAUAUAUAUAUAUAUGAUAUUAGCUUGUAUGUAAAAUUUGGGGUCCAAAUUAUAAACGUACGAGAUAAAAAUGCUCAGUGUGAUGGAAUUGUAACUGCUGACGCUUAUACACAGCAACAAAAUGUAUUCCUAGUAAAUAAUGUAUAACAAUUGAAUUCGCCUCCUAUACUAUAAUAACAGCAUAGGCAAAUUGAUACAUGUCUACAUGUAUGUGUGUCAACGUUUUAUUAUACCCAUUCGAAAUACUUCGUUUACCGACCUGUCUAUCGGGACGAAUUGCUCCACCGUUUUUUGUAAAUCCUAUUAUUAUGUUCGUCCCAUGCAUUAUUUAGGACGAUUGAAUAUUGUUGAACGGGUUCGGGCCAUGUCCACCAAUGAAAUAUCAAAAUUUUGUUGCAUAUAUAAUUAUGGAAAGUAAACGGUCACCGCCUUUUCAUAAAUUGAAACAACAUCCAGACCAGUAUUGAUACGAAGCUUUCGUUAUUCAUCGGAGAAAAUUCAACCUCGUAGACAUCGAUUUUUAUCACGUAUUUAGGUUGGUAUUCAUGUUCAGAAGGGCUUGUCUAGUUGCACAAAACUGUAAGGAAAGUUUUGUUUCAAUUUAUCAGAUUUUAUUCGAAUAGUUGCAUGACGAUAUGACUUCGAUGGUCUUUGCAGGUAAUAAUUGUAUACAUCGUGUCACGAAUAUAUUGAUAAAUCCGUACGAUGAACUAUUCAGAAAAUCAAAUAUCAAAAUUUAUCCAAUAUCACGAUUUUGGUUUCGAUUUAAAUGUUUUUUCUCAAGUAAAUUGAUUUUAGAUCGUACAACAUCAAUGUUGACUGCGAAACUCAACUUACCUCCAAUCUCCGUACGCAAUUAUAUAAACUAUACAUAACUGAUGUAAAUAACUAGUAUAACAAGAUUUAAAAAAAAAGUAUACUAACAAUAAAUUGCUAUACACGCUUGCAUGUAAGAUAUAAAUAGAAGAAAAAAAAAAAAAAUGAAACGCAAUACGAAGAUAAGGUUGUCUAUAUUUUUACAAUAAUUCUUACAAAUAAUUGUUAUAUAGGUAUACAUAAACACAUGUGUAAAUUAUAUAAAAGCCUAUACAUAUUAUUGUGUAAUAAGAAAAUAUACUAGAAAAUUUAAUUUAUAUAUUUACAUAUAUAUUGUACACAUGAUCGCAGAAUCACCCGAAUAAAGAGAAAUAAUUUUCUCGUA